AUGCAUUCCUGUGCCUCCGAACUGUGACCUUUUCAACGACCGCACUUUUCAACACCUUCCCCGGUCCCGCCGGCCAUUUCAUUCCUUGGGAGCACUGCAUGCUUUACUGUUCCACACCUUUCCUUUCUGUAUUUUUGUGCUCCAACCUUUAGACGCGCGUUCCUUUGAAGAGACGACAGUGACGACCAUCACAGUUCCUUUCCCGAGGUUCUUAGGCUCUUGGCCGUGUUGCGGUUGCGCUGCGGAUUCCUACGAGGCCGCCGACUUUCUGUGUCACCUAUCGCCCUACUUCGGCGUCUCGCUCGACUCGCCGAAAUAAAUUUAGAACGACCUCCGGAUUUGCCGACACCAAGCUUUUCAAAUCGCCAUCCAGUGCUGCUGCCAUGCGAUUAAUCUAGACCGGCUACUGAGACGAACGACACCAACAAGUCAAACGGGACAUCGACACGUACUCGGCACGUUGGCGUCAUGGCGUAUAAUGGGCAAUACGAUGGGGGCCCCGGCCCCGGCCCCGGCCCUGGUGGGCGCCAGUAUGGCGGAGGCCCGGGAUCUCAGCGCCCGCCGCCACAGCGACAAUAUCCCCCAGGCCCUCCAGGACCACAGCAAUACAAUGCGCCGCCGCCUCAGCAGCAAUACGAUCAGUAUCAAGACGGAUAUGGCCAAGGUUAUGACGAAUACGGCAAUGGGUACGACCAGGGUUACGAUCAGGGUUACGGCGGACAACAAUACGACGACGGCGGCUACGGAAGAGGAGGACCUCCGAAUCAAGACUAUCAGCAGGAAUACUACGACCCGGGCCCGAACGGACCUGGAAGGGGAGGAGGACGACCGAUGCCCAGCGGAAGAGGCGGCCCAAUGAGGCCUCCGCCUGGCGGCGGUGGUCGAGGGGGCCCCUACCCACCCCGCGGUGGCGGCUACCCUCAAGGCCCUGGUGGCCGAGGCUACCCCCCGCCCGGCCGUGGUGGUCGGCCAAACCCGGCUGAGCGAGCGGCAAACUCAGACCCCGGUGGAAACCGAGGACCGCCCAUGGGUGGCCCGAGCCCGGCCAAUUCUGGUGACCCAGGCUAUGCCGGUCCUUUCCCGUCAUUCCCCGGCGCCGCGCGCAAGUCGGACCUGGAACAAGAGCAGCAGAUCGUGGCACGCAUGGAAGGUAUGGACAUAUCAGGGCAGCGGCCGGGGCCGAGAGGUCCGAAUGGCCCCCCACAACAGCGAGGGCCCAUGCGCCCCCCGAACGGUUACGGAGGACCGGGGCCAAUGGGACCUCCUCGUGGCCCGCCGCAAGCGUACCACCCACAAGACUAUCCCGAUCAACGCCGCGGUCCUCCGCCGCCAGGACCCGGAUACGGACCGCAAGGAGGCGGCUAUCAAGAGGAGAACUUCGGGCCUCCGUCUCGAAGCAUGACGAUGCCAACGAGAGAUCAAGUGGACAUGCGCCAAGCCGGUCCUCUUGUGCGGCGGGAUAGCGCCCCUUUCAAUGGUCCUCCUCCCCGUGGCAUGCCGCAGAGACCGAGCACAGCGCAAGGGAUGCGCCAACCUCGGCCUAGGAUAUACCCGCCGAGCGGCAACGGCCCUCCUCAGCAAGAAGGAUACCAGGAGCCCCCACAGAGAGGCGGACCGGACUCGGGCUACGGCCAGGGCCGACCUUCGUCCGUUGACGAUUUCUAUGACUACUACGGCGGCGAUGAAGGCUACCAGGGGCAAAACGCUCCCUCGGCUUCGGCUGCAUCCGAGGCCCCGAAUUUCGAUGCCAUGUCCGGGCAGCAGCCGAGGAACUCAUUCGACAGGCACAUGCAACCCGGUCAGCAGGAGCAGGCUCAACGCGGGCCCGGCAGAUACCCCGAAGUGAGCAGGGCCAAGUCCCAGCCCGACUUGCGUAACUCGCAGACGGCCGUGUUCGAAAUGGCAGGCGACAUCCCGCCACUACCUACGCAGCAGCCCGGCCAGCCACCAGCGGGAUUGCCCAGCGGGCCUUCGCCUUACCAGGGUCGUGCCGGCCCAUCACCGGUGCCCGGGCUACCCCCGGGACCUGCACCUUACCGACCUGGUAUGCAACCUUCGCCGCAACCAGGGCCGGGCCCAGAUAAUCUUCCCUCUCAUCCCACGCCCGUUCGCCCCGGGCACAUGCCUGGCUCGGUGGUCAACCUCAGCGAUCGGCCGCCGCCGGUGAGGAAUUACAGCGGCGCCACCAAUUAUAGCGGGAACUCGGGCCCCCCUCCCGCAGGCCCCUACCAACAAGGCCCACCGCCUGCUCAGCAAAUUCCCGUGCAACCUGCGGCGAAGCCAGCGGAAGCGCCCGUCACCAUCGAAGAACUGGAGCACCUGCGCGCCGUGGUCAAGAACGAUGCCGGCGACCAAGUGACCGCCCUCCGCCUCGCUAAGCGCCUGGUCGAAGCGUCCGACGCGCUCGUGCCCAACCUCCCAGACCCCAAGGCCCGCGCCCGCUCGCGCGACCGCUACCUCGUGGAUGCGCACAAGAUCCUCCGCAAGCUCGAAAAGGCCAGCAACCCGGACGCCAUGUUCUUCCUCGCCGACUGCCUCGGGCGCGGCCUCUUCGGCAGCGAGCCCGACAACGCGCACGCCUUCUCGCUCUACCAGUCCGCCGCCAAGCUCGGCCACGCCGCGGCCGCCUACCGCACCGCCGUGUGCUGCGAGAUCGGCAACGACGAGGGCGGCGGCACGCGCAAGGACCCGCUCAAGGCCACGCAGUGGUACAAGCGGGCGGCGACGCUCGGCGACACCCCGGCCAUGUACAAGGUGGGCAUGAUCCUGAUCAAGGGCCUGCUCGGGCAGCCGCGCAACCCGCGCGAGGCCAUCAGCUGGCUCAAGCGCGCGGCGGAGCGCGCCACGGCCGAGAACCCGCACGCGCUGCACGAGCUGGCGCUGCUGUACGAGAGCGCCGAGCCCAACGACGUCAUCCUGCGCGACGAGCCCUACGCCUGCCAGCUCUUCCAGCAGGCCGCCGAGCUCGGCUACAAGUUCAGCCAGUUCCGCCUCGGCUGCGCCCACGAGUACGGCCUGCUCGGCUGCCCCAUCGACCCCCGCCUCUCCAUCAUGUGGUACAGCCGCGCCGCCGUCCAGGAGGAGCACCAGAGCGAGCUGGCCCUGUCCGGCUGGUACCUCACCGGCAGCGAGGGCGUCCUGCAGCAGAGUGAUACUGAAGCCUACCUGUGGGCGCGCAAGGCCGCGAUGGCGGGGUUGUCCAAGGCGGAGUAUGCGAUGGGGUACUUUACCGAGGUGGGGAUUGGUGUGGCGGCGAAUCUGGAGGAUGCGAAGAGGUGGUAUUGGAGAGCUGCUGCCCAGGACUUCCCCAAAGCGAGAGAGCGGUUGGAGGACCUCAAGCGCUCCGGCAAGAGCGGCCCGCGCGCUAGGGAGAGGAUAUCGAGAAGCAAGAUUGGGAAGCAGCAGGAGGGCGAGUGCUCGGUUAUGUGAGGGGCACGAGUGGGUGGCGAGGUGAAGCAGUGAGCACGCAAGUGUUGCCUUAGUCGGGGCAUGGAUAAUGAUGGGGAUGAUAUGAGCUGGCAAGACGGUAACGCGGAGUGACCGAGAUGAUGGCCUACGAGGCGACGCGUGAUCCGGAAAAGAGAGGAAUGAAUAAAUGCUCGGCUUCUCAGCCGCUAAAAUAGCUGCUUCGUUAGUAAGAACUUGGCGGAGUCGAGGUGCUAGAGGAAGCCAACUGGCCAGGAUUUGUUUGUAUGUACUUGUAGAAGCUGAAUGUGAAAAGAUGGAAAGGCAUAUGGCGUGCAGGGUGCCUGGAUUCAAGUGUGAUGCACAGGGUGAGAGGAUGCAUGGCGAUGCAAUGGCCGACUGACCGACUUCAUAACAUGUCAC